AUGCCUUCAAAUAGCUUAUAUGCUCUCUUGUCAAGCCAAUUCGACGCUACUAGAAUUGAAACAGUCUUGGAUCCUAUGGGAUAUUCAAUUAAGCGUCGUAAUGUCCCCGUAUGUCUUACAGUAGCUGGCUCCGAUUGCAGUGGAGGUGCAGGAAUCCAAGCGGAUUUAAAAACUAUGACUAGUUUGGGCGUCUACGGAAUGAGUGCAAUUUCUUGCGUAGUUGCAGAAAACGCUGGUGGGGUUGAUAAAAUUGAAAAUAUGUCUCCUUCAUUCGUCGAGUCCCAAAUGGAUUGCUGUCUUCGAGAUGUUCCUUGCAAGGUCAUUAAAACUGGAAUGCUCGGAAAUGUAGAGAUUGUCAAGGCCGUUGUGAAGUCUAUUUUGAAAUACAAAAUCAAGGACCUUGUUGUUGACCCUGUAAUGAUUGCCACAUCUGGUGAUUCUCUUUCAAAUGGAAACAUAGUAGAUACGAUUGUUAAGGACCUUUUUCCUGUUACUACGCUUAUUACGCCGAAUAUACCCGAAGCUCUGGCUUUUGCCAGAAGCGUAAACGUUGAUGUUCCUGAAGUCAAUUCUAUUUCUUCAAUGGAACAGCUUGCUUCUAUUAUUUGUAAGUUUGGGCCACGUUAUGUUCUUGUGAAAGGUGGACAUAUGCCAGUCAAUCAACUUGGGUUAAAGGCGUUAAAAGAAGAACAAGGCGAGUCUGAUCUUCAGGUCGUUGAUGUUUUAUACGAUGGAAAAAACUUUUUUCACUUUACUUCCACAUAUCUGAAGCAAGGGGAAGUCCAUGGUACGGGUUGUACGUUGUCCUCGGCAAUUGCUUCUUUCCUUGCUUGGGAUCACAGCAUGGUCAACUCUGUUCAGUUUGCUAUUGAUUAUGUGCAUGGUGCCAUCUCCCAAAGCCCUCCUAUAAACAUUUGUGACACUAAUCUGCUGAACCACAUGAGCCGCCUACGAAUCGCUCCUUUUGCACCUGGUAACUUGCCUCUUCGCGCUUUUCAAGAGUACCUUAAGCAAGACUACCUAUAUUUAGUUCAAUUCUGUCGUGCUUACUCUUUAAAAGGUUACAAAGAAUCAACAUUUUCUGGUAUUUUUGAAGCAGCCCAAUCUGUAUUUCACGUCCUUAAUGAAAAAGAGUUCCACAUUUCCUUUUGCAGGUCAUAUGGCAUUUCCUUGGACGAUUUGAAAAGUUCCGAAGAAACUCCUGCGUGUACUGCGUAUUCUCGGUUUGUGCUAGAUACUGGUUCUCAGCAAGAUUUGGCUGCUUUGGAGUUUGCGCAGGCUCCUUGCUUAAUUGGCUAUCAUUUAGUUGCUCGUCGUCUAAUGAAGGAACCAUUCAGAAAUGUUAGUGGCCCCUACCAACGUUGGAUUGACAAUUAUUACUGCGAAGAUUAUAUUUCUGCAGUUUGCAGAGGAUGCCGUCAACUUGAGGAAAUCGUGCUUACUCUUUCACCAGAACGAAUUCAAGAAUUAAUCGAAGUUUUCAUUCGUGCUACAAAGUUCGAAAUCUUGUUUUGGGAAACUCCCUACCAAGAGUAUGUUGUAAAGCAAAACUUGGAAGACCCCAGCCUUUAG